AUGGAGGAAGAAAUCUCAAAGAAGUUUGAUGCAUAUGUUAAUAUGCUUCAACAAAGUGCAGAAGAUUGUGAAGGCCUAGGAGUAGGCAUAGAAGUUAAAAUCACAGCUGGUUUUCCCAUAAAGAAAGUUAUAGUACAAGAAGUGAUCUCCUCUAAUGCAGCAUGGGUUGUGCUUGAUAGGUAUAUAUUUUGUAUUAUGGAUACAUGGGAUCAUCAUUUCUGUGUUACUUUCACCAUGGCUUACAAUCUUAAUAGGCAGCUUCGACGGGACUUGAAGCUAUAUAUUAAGCAGAUACCGUGCAAGGUUGCAUUAGUUCAUGAUAGCUUGAAUGUGGAAGUUUUGAGAAACCAUACUGUAAAUGUAAUAGAGGUGGCAGGGAACAAGCAUUUUUAUUCCAUGUCCAAGCCUGUGCCCCUAUCGAACCUUAAUGUCGGUGAAAACAUCGACCAGUUAGAAAUCUCUUGUAGGAGCUACUCCUGGACCCCGAUUUCAACCGAAAACAGACGUGAUACAAAUGCAGAAGGAGAACAUAAGCUACCUACUAGUUUAACUAUUAUCCAAAGGCAGAGAAGAAGUUAUUUCCACAAUAAAAACUCAGGAACACCUCUUCUUUGUGUUGCUUGUGGACUAAAGACUGAAUUGUAUAUCCAAGAUUCUAUGACAUUCACUUAUCAUGAGAUACAACAAGCCACAGACUACUUUUCGGAGGAGAACUUGCUAGGAGAAGGCGGAUACGGUCGUGUAUAUAAAGGUAAGCUUAAAGAUGGACAGCUGAUUGCUGCAAAGGUCCGGAACAAGAAAGUAGCCAAGUAUUUUUUGUCAAAAUAA